GUGACUUUUCCUGUUCCUGUAAAAAUGUGUAGUAUGCGGGUCUGGUAGUUGCGACUGGAACAUUUCAUUGGAAUUUGUUAACUGUGUAGCCUGCCGGUUUGAGCAAUAUCCUGGGGGUUGGCUGUGCUGGAAAUGCAUUUUGUCUGUAUUUUUAGUUAGACAGACAAAAGGCUCUCAAAUAGGUAUAGCCUAUUCAUAUGGGCAUUCAGAUACAUUUCAUUUAGUUUUACAUAGACUCGACAAAAUUUAAAAAUGGCCGGGGUAAGGAUAUUCCGCAUUUCCCUGAUCUUGGUUUUAAGCCAACAGGUCGUCUCUUACGUUCCUCCUCCCGUCAACGUGAGCCUCAUGUGCCACAAUUUUCACAAUGUGAUCUAUUGGAACUACAGUGAACCAUCUCUGCAGCCACAGUUCAAUGUGGAAAUGACAAGAAAAUAUUCUGGUGCUGCCUUGGUUUGUUCAAACACUUCCCUCUACCACUGCGAUGUCUCCUCAUUUACCAAAGUAAUACUAGAGGGCUACCGUUUCAUAUUGACUGCUGUUGUUGGACAGAAUACCAAUUCCUCCGAAAUUUCAUUCACCUACGAUGAUACAGUGUAUCCAGGCCUGUUGGAUGUACAGUGCUCAUUGGAUUUCCCACCUGUCAACAUCUCUGCUGUAUCCGAUCAAAUGAUCAAAGUUCAAUUCAUUCACCCGUUUCACAUCUACAAACAUGCCAUCAUCAAAGAUGAAAGACCGGAUCAUAAGGAAUUUAAUUACAUGGUUAUCACAGAAUAUCACUUGAAACAACACCGCUUUGACUGCUCCUACAAGCAACACCAUGUGUGUGAGGCUGAAAUACUAGUCGAUGGAGAGAUGGAUAGGCACUGCAUCAAGAUCAAAGGAAAAAUGAACAAUGUUCAUGUCUCAGCUCACCAGAACAUAUGCAUUGAGGGGAAGCAUGGGGAUUCUGGUCCUAACUACACUGCCCUCUACAUUGUGAUCCCUAUCGUUGCCACGGUGGUGAUUGCGUUCAUCGUGUGGCUUAUAUACAGUAAACUGAGAAGUGGCUCAUUUCCUCAACCAAAGAUUUUGGCUUCCAUGCUGUCACAUAUGGGUUCAGUUAGGUCACUUAUGCUCCCUGAGAGAGCCAUCCUGAGUGAGGUACAAACAGGUGGCUCCCCCCUGCUGCAGACCCCCAUGGAAUCUUUGCCGGAUGAGACCCUCACAGUGAUCAAUACCCCCCAGGAAGAGGUCCUCCGUCUCCCCAUUGGACUGAAGGACAAGGAGUGGAGCGGUGGGGAGGUCAUGUUGCCUAACGAGGGGUCAGGCUCUUCACUGCAGGUAACGAGAGAGUUGGGACUGGAGGUGAAGAGUGACUUCUCUGAGCUGUCGGACUAUGACUGCCCCCAUAGACCUGUGAUUAUUCCUGUGAUAGAGGAGAUGAGUCCUGGGGACACUGUUACAGGAUACAAAAUCUGAGUUUCUCAAGAGAAAGGAUGAUAAUAUUUUAUACAUGUAUUUAAACAGGGAAAUCCCAUUGGGACCAUUGUGCCAUUUACAAGGGCGCCCUCUACGCAAUCAUACAAAUGUACAAUUCCAACGCUAUAAAAACACUAUUUACAAGCAAUUUUAAGAAAAGUAACUUACAAAACACAAUCAUGAAAAACAAACACAUUUGUCUUUGCACAUGCUCAGAUACCAGUCAUUUCCCUGUUCCUCUCAAUAUUUGGGUAGUCUGGUGGAGAUAAAAAGGAUAAUCAAAGGGAUAGCCUUCAUUAUGGUUUUUACAAUUCAUCACUUGGGACUGUUGCCUAAUCAGGGGAACCAGGGAUAGACAAUGUGAAACCCAAGUGGUACACAGUGGUAUUGAAUGCUAGGAACUAGUUGAAAAGAAAUGUCCUCAUUCCUGACCUGCAUGCCCCAUUGUAAUGUUGAUUUUCAUUAGGCCAAAUUAAGACAUUUCCUAUAGCAUCUUUGUACAAAAAAGCAAGUUCCUCUUAUGCAGAUAUUAUUUUACUGUGCCUUCUUGAGUGACAUUAAUGUUUUCUAAGGUAGCAAGGAAAUAAGGGUUGGGAGUGCAGAAUGAAAAUAUUCAUUGUCUUUUGUCUUGUGCUGUGUAUAUUUGAUCUAUUUGCACUUUUUACAUGGCUCUCAUGCAUGUACAAUGUUCAAAAAUAUUAUUAGGGACAUGUCCAAUUAUAUUCAGAUGAACACGUUAUACCAAUGCAAGGGGAUUGCUAUGGUGAUGAUUUUCUGUUGCUGUAAUUUCUAAUGCCUUGCUUACCUUGCUGUAAUUUCUGGUGCCCAAAGGACGGCAGAUGACGAUAUUGAAUUCAUCUUACUAUCCAAAUGCAUUGUAUGCAGCCAUGGUUAGAGUGUUGGGCUGGUAAUCGAAAGGUUGCUGGAUCGAAUCUCCGAGCUGACAAGGUAAAUGCCUGUCGUUCUGCCCCUGAGUAAGGCAGUUAACCCACCUUUCCCCGGGCGCCGAAGACGUGAAUGUCGAUUAUGGCAGUCCCCUGCACCUCUCUGAUUCAGAGGGUUUGGGUUAAAUGCUGAAGACACAUUUCAGAUGAAUGCAUUCAGUUGUACAAUUUGACUAGAUAUCUCCCUUUCCCUCUACAGUUGUAUCCCAUUUAACGGCGAGAAGGCGGAAGAAAACGUGGACAAUAUGCAUACUUCAUGAAACACCAUUUUCCACCUCCAUGCUCGAGUGGCAAAUGCCUAGGAAUGCUACUUCCUGAUGUUGCACCCCGCGUUCAGCCUGGGGUAAACAACAGACUGCUGCAACCUGAUUGGCUGAACGUGAUACGCAACAUCCGGGACUAACAUUUAGCCACUAUCAUGGUGGUGAAAAUUUGUGUUUCAUGAGGAAAGCAUGCAUAGUUUGCCUGUUUUUAUCCGCCUUCUCGCCAGUAAAUUUAAGGAGGAAAUCGAAGCCUUUGCAGCCUGAAUGGAGAAUGUUUUAGGUAUGAACCUGUCCACAGCGUAUACAAGUAUAUUGCCAGCUGCGUUUGGACGGUAAGAUUAACUCAAUAUUGCCAUCUGCGGCCUUUAGGUUACCUCAUACCUAAUAAUUUUGUUUUUUAUUGUGCACAUCUGUAUAUUGUAUUUUUCAUAUAGCUGCAAUUAUCUUUUUUAUAAAUGAUAAGGCUGUUUCUAUUUUGUAAACUCAUUCUAUUGUAUUUAAAAUAUACUUUUCUUUUCCCUUAUCAUUUCCCAAUAUACAAUAAAUAAACUCAGCAAAAAAAGAAACGUCCCUUUUUCAGGACCCUGUCUUUCAAAGAUAAUUUGUAAAAAUCCAAAUCACUUCACAGAUCUUCAUUGUAAAGGGUUUAAACACUGUUUCCCAUGCUUGUUCAAUGAACUAUAAACAAUUCAUGAACAUGCACCUGUGGAACGGUCGUUAAGACACUAACAACUUACAGACUACAGACUGUAAUCAAUUAAGGUCACAGUUAUGAAAACUUAGGACACUAAAGUGGCCUUUCUACUGACUCUGAAAAACACCAAAAGAAAGAUGCCCAGGGUCCCUGCUCAUUUGCGUGAACGUGCCUUAGGCAUGCUGCAAGGAGGCAUGAGGACUGCAGAUGUGGCCAGGGCAUUAAAUUGCAAUGUCUGUACUAGAGGUCGACCGAUUAAUCGGAAUGGCCGAUUUUUAAUUAGGGGCGAUUUCAAGUUUUCAUAACAGUCGGUAAUCUGCAUUUUUGGACACCGAUUGUGGCCGAUUACAUUGCACUCCACGAGGAGACUGCGUGGCAGGCUGACUACCUGUUACGCGAGUGCAGCAAGAAGCCAAGGUAAGUUGCUAGCUAGCAUUAAACUUAUCUUAUAAAAAACAAUCAAUCUUAACGUAAUCACUAGUUAACUACACAUGGUUGAUAUUACUAGUUUAUCUAGCUUGUCCUGCGGUGCAUAUAAUCGAUGCGUGCCUGUUAAUUUAUCAUUGGAUCACAGCCUACUGUGAUGAUUUUUGGUAGGCAGCAGAAGGCUCGUAAGCAUUCAUUCAAACAGCACUUUUGUGCAUUUGCCAGCAGCUCUUCGCUGUGCUUCAAGCAUUGAGCUGUUUAUGACUUCAAGCCUAUCAACUCCCGAGAUUAGGCUGGUGUAACCGAUGUGAAAAGGCUAGCUAGUUAGCGGGGUGCGCGCUAAUAGCGUUUCAAUCGAUGACGUCACUCGCUCUGAGACCUUGAAGUAGUUGUUCCCCUUGCUCUGCAAGGGCCACGACUUUUGUGGAGCAAUAGGUAACGAUGCUUCGAGGGUGGGUGUUGUCGACGUGUCCCUGGUUCAAGCCCAGGUAGGGGCGAGGAGAGGGACAGAAGCUAUACUGUUACACUGGCAAUACUAAAGUGCCUAUAAGAACAUCCAAUAGUCAAAGGUAUAUGAAAUACAAAUGGUAUAGAGAGAUAGUCCUAUAAUAACUACAACCUAAAACUUCUUACCUGGGAAUAUUGAAGACUCAUGUUAAAAGGAACCACCAGCUUUCAUAUGUUCUCAUGUUCUGAGCAAGGAACUUAAACGUUAGCUUUUUUACAUGGCACAUAUUGCACGUUUACUUUCUUCUCCCAACACUUUGUUUUUGCAUUAUUUAAACCAAAUUGAACAGGUUUCAUUAUUUAUUUGAGGCUAAAUUGAUUUUAUUGAUGUAUUAUAUUUAACUUAAAAUAAGUGUUCAUUCAGUAUUGUUGUAAUUGUCAUUAUUACAAAUAAAUAAAUGUAAAAAAGAA